AUGACAGAGUCGUUGCCAUUCUACCUCUACAAACUGGUUCCCUCCACGUCCCCAGUCCGGGAGCCUCUUCCCGAGCGCUUACCCGUCAGCCAACUCGACCAGGAGUCGGGCUUCAUCCAUCUGUCAACCGCCUUGCAAGUUCCAAACACAUUGAAAUACUUCUUCAAGGACGAGCCGUUAGUCUAUGUACUGCGUAUAGAAUUCGAUCGAGUCAUGGACGACAUUAGAUGGGAGUCGCCAGAUGGAAAGGUUUGUGGGCCGCGACCCGAUGAAGGUCUUUUCCCGCAUCUAUAUAAUGGGCUGAAGCUGGGAAAACACGAGGUUGAGAGUAUUGCGGUUUGGACGAAUGAGGCUGGGUGGGACAAGGCGAUCUCACAGGCGAAACCAUGGCUUUUGUAUUAA